GGUUCUUGAUCAAGUGAGAUAAGGUUGCGAUCGCGAUCAGCAUAGGAUAGAUAGACGCCACCGUUUGACGACGCCACAGAGCGAAUGUAGGAGUGGUGGAAUAACAGUUGCUUCUGCUUAAAAAUUGUGAGUGAAAAUGUACGACCAGCAGGAAGACGAUCGCGGUUAUUUGGUGUACGCAAAUCGAUACAAUGGCCAACUGCAGUCGGACAAUCCCAAUCUGACCUAUGUGGUGAGCAAGAUCAACGAGAAAUUUGCGGCCUCGAAGUACAGCACCUACCGAUGUGCCUGCAAGCUGUUCGCACUUCAAAGGGCUCUCUACACAUGUUAUAUUCCAUUCCAAACAGUGUGUACCAUACUCGAUCGUCAUCGGCUAAAUCAGAUCGAUAGCGCACCAUCGAUCAAACCGAUUCAAUUGACGGCAGUGCUGCAUGAUGUAUACUUUGCUGCAGAACAACUCGGUUGUUUUACUGAUCUAACACAACCACCUGAUCGUGAAGCCAUGAUCGCUACACUGGCAGGUCUGUUCUGGGCCGUUUUCGACCCAAAACGCUGCAAUCCGUUAUCGAUCCUCGAACUGAAGCAGACGUUUCUUUUGCUUUGCGAGUCUCAGAACUUCGAACAAGUCGUGUGGGAACACUUUCAGCUGACCAGUGAUCACAACCUUUGCGUCUCUCGUCAUCGUUUCGAGGCAAUGCUCAUGAACUUAGCGAAGUUGCUAUCGUUUUUGGGAGAACCUGAUCAUUUGAAAGCAAAGCUUGUGCAGGAGAUAGUGAACGAAUGCUUUGUGAAUUACCCAGGGUUGGUUGGCCUGACGGAAUAUCAGUUCAGCUGUCUAUGGAAGUUAUCUUCAAAGUUCUCGUACUACUCGAAUGUUUUGGCCUUGGCGAAGAGACUGAAGGAUUCCGAAUUCGUGGUGCACAACAUACAGUGCGCAUCCUGUCGCGAACCAAUUCAAGGGCUCCGUUUCAAGUGCCAAAAAUGUAGGAAUUUAUCCUUGUGCAUCGAUUGCUUCAGCCAGGCCUUCACCAGCAAGAAUCACAACGUCGGGCAUAAAAUGUACGAGAUCAGUGCAAAUGAAAUAUCAACGAACAGAAUAUCAACAAUAAUGCUUAAGCUAUGUAAUCUGUUCAGUAGAUCCCCGAGCUCUCAAUCCCAAUGCCAGCAACCUUCCACCUUCGAUAACAUGGAAGCUAAACUGAUCGACACAAACGCUGUCGAAUUGCAAGAGGUUGAAGCACCGCCAGCUGCCAGUAGCACUCUUCGGGGAACGCUUUCCCGUUCACUAAACUCUUCGAGUUGUGCAUCGCUCAGGAAGUCGUCGAACAAAAAUAUCAGCAUUUUUAGCAAUAUUGACUGCCAGCUUUUCACCAGCACUCAGAGCCAGGCGUUGCUAGAAAAGCUAUCGUCGGUUAUGGAAAUUUUAGAGGAAGACAGCGACAAGUAUCGCCUGAAGUUGGCAAACUUGAAAACCAACGCCACAGUGGAUAAGGAGCAAAUUGACUAUUUCGAAGCGCAUGGAAAAUUGCUUACUGAACAACUGAAAGCCCUAAAGGAUGUGUGCUCGAAAGUCGGCCGCGGAUUUCCGCAAAGCUCCAGCACUCCAUAUCGGUCAACCAGUAACGGUAGCAAACGUAUGUCGUUGACUGCAUCUAGUGCCUUGGAAAAAACGAUACAUGGAGCAGAACUGAAUAAAUCCUACGUAAAUGAUCAACUACAACCGGAACUGUCCGUCCGCGAUAUCAGUUCAUGGUUCCACCUGAAUAAGCCAUCCGAAACCAUACUGGAGCAGAUGGAAGCCGAGGCAGGCUCGAAGGUGAACACCAGCCUUCCGAUUGCCGUCGAUGAGUUGACCCGUCGUAUCGAUAAUCUCAAAAUCGAUACCCAAAUGGCAAACUUCAAGGAUUUGCUGCUGAAAGUUCGCGAAAUCGUAGACGAUUCGUAUAGCGACAACACGGAACUGGCUAGAACCACGCAACAGUUGGAGAAGGCUCUGGAUCGAAUCAUUGCAGAGGAAGAACACAAAAGGUUGCAGAGCAUUUAGACUACCUGAAGCAUCACGCGAAAAAGGAGUUCUUCCAUUUCACUUCAAUUUAUAUACAGAUGACGAUUUUCAUAUCAAUUUUACGAUAUACAUUAAAGAAAAGAUUAAAAGUUCAA